UUAUUUCUGCAAAUCGGCGCCAAAUUCUAUUUUUGAUCUAAUAAACUGCUGCUGGAGUUGGACCAAAAUUUUGAUUCUUGUCCAACACAUACAUUCCGCUAGGGGCCGUUCGCCUCUGGUGGCCGCAGUUGUCCUGCGAAGGGCGGCGGAGAAAGAUGCGGACAAUCAUUUUGCUGUUUUGUCUCUUGCGCGGUUUUGCGGUUCGGGGCGCAGGAGUGCCUGCGCCUGACGAUUCAGAAGCCACAAUCAUACCUCCUUCCCUUCUGUACAAAGGAAGACACAGCAGCGGCGGUGGACAGACUGGACAGCAACAGGAAGUGCAGUGUGAACAUCCGUCCUGUAAACUUGACUCGGAUGAUUUGGUUAACAUGGCCAAAGCUGCGGUCAACCGCGUUAUCAAAGACAUGUGUUGCGGCAACUCCAGAGAGGGUUUAAAAAACAAUCUGGACGACAGACUGCACAACCUUGAGUCGCAAUUCGCAGACCAGAUGAACGUGCUCAAAACCAUGCUUUUGAAUAUGGAGGAGCGAAUCAGCGAGGUUGACGGAAACGUGCGAAAAGUCAGAUACGAUCUGAGGAACAGCGCGCAAAACGGGUGUCCGUCGUGCGACGGUGGGCACCAGCAGCUGCUGUCCCAACUGACGGACGACCAGGACCCGAACAACAGGGCGGACCGCGAGUCGGAAAUCCAGCUGUACAACAGCAGCAUCUACUACCUGCCGGUGCCCUCCGACCUGAGCAACGAGACCUCCAAGCAGCAGCUGCGCGUCUUCACCUACUACUGGCGCGUCAAGGACAUGCAGAACAAACUCAAGAACUGGGAGCCGCGACGCUCGGUGCGCAGCCCCAGCUUCUACAUCUCGGCCGGCAGCUACAAAAUGUACCUGCGCAUGUUCCCCAGGCAGAACAACGGCAAGAACGUCUACCUCCACGUCGGACUCACCAAAGGGGACCAUGACACCGUGCUGAGGUGGCCCUUCCGCCUGAAGAUGCGCGUCUCGGUUCUUGACCAGCGCAUCGAACAUGUGCAGGACAUCAACUCGCGCGUGUGGGACCCGAGCGUGCUGUGCAGCGAGUUCAACUGGAAGCGGCCGACGGCCAACGCAGACAACCACGAGUGCGUCGGCCUCGGCUUUCCGCAUGAGGUGCUCGCCUCCCGAGAUUACGUCGUCCGAAACACCAUCAUCAUCAAGUUCACCGUCUACUUAGACCUUUGAGAAUUUACCAAGCCCCCACUAAAUUGAUUGGAUUUUAUUUAAAAAUAGGGGUCGAUAAACUUAACAAAAUUUCAAAAUCCAUAUAUUUUUUAGAUCCUGGUCUUUGAACGAUUUUUUAAAUUUUUUUCCAACAAAAUUGAGGCAGUAAUUAUUAUACUUUUCAGCUUUGACACAUUAAUUUUCUCAAUUUUAGCACAGAAAUGUUUGGAUCGAUAAAGAAAUUUAUAAUCUGGACUUCGUAACUAAAGAAUUUUUAUUAUUUCCACCCUUUUUAAAUUAUUUGAAAGUAGAGAAAAGUUGUACAACCGUAUUUAAAGCUUUUAUUUUCCUCUAAAUAUGUAAAAUUUAUUUAAAAACUAGCGAAAAUACUUUAAUGAACAUUAUAUUAUAUAAAAUUGAAUAAACAAGCUUUUACGUAUAUAUCACAGACUAGUUUGAAGGCAAUGAUGUCUGUCUGUGGCUACAAUGCGGGAUGAUCGUCAGCUGCUUUUUUUGUCUUUUUUCGUGAUAAAAUGUCCACUAACUAGCAUGUCAGAUUUGGAUGAAAAUAAAUUUUUU